AUGUUUUCUGAUUUAAUUGAUGAUGAUCUACUAACAGAAUCUUUAGUAUUACCAUCGUCAACAUUAAUAAAACCUAUGGUUAAUAUUAAUACUAGUGGCAAUAAUAAUAGUUCAGUUCUAUUAAUGCAACCUAAACUUGAACCACAAUCAAUUGUAUUUGAUCAACAGCAACAACAACAACAACAACCACCAUCACAAACAAAAAUGGUACCUAUUGCACCACGUUGUGAUUCAAAUCAAACAAAUACAACGAAUAUAAAUACAUAUACAUGCUCAAGUUGUUCACAACCAAUACAUGAACGUUAUUUUCUUCAUACACAUGAUCGUUUUUCUCGUGGAAAUUAUUGGCAUAUGCAAUGUUUGCGUUGUCAAUGUUGUGAUGUACUUUUAGCUGAUAUAGCUUCGACAUUUUAUACAAAAGAUAAUGCACUUCUUUGUAAAUCUGAUUAUAUAAAAAGAUAUGGUAGUCGUCCAUGUUCAUCAUGUAAUAAAGUGAUUGGAACAACUGAACAAGUAAUGCGUAUUAGUCCAAAUCAUGUUUAUCAUAUAAAUUGUUUUACUUGUGUUAAAUGUCAUAUACCUUUAGUUAAAGGUGAUCGUUAUGUUCUUUUUAAUGGACAACCAUUUUGUGAAAAAGAUAAUCCACUUAAAUCGACAACAAAUAUUAAUAAUACUCCAACAACUAAACGUGGUGGUACAACAAGUAAACGUGGUGCAAAAGCAGGACGUGCUACAGCUGCAACAGUAUCAACAGCAGCAGUACAACAAACAUUUGUAACACCACCACAAUAUCAUCAUACUGGACAUAUAUCACUUUUAAAUAAUCCUCAUACUUCAAGUACAAUUACACAUUCAUUGCUUAGUAAUAAUAAUAUUCUCAAUAGCAAUGGUUUUUCAUCAACUACAAUAUCAAAUAGUGAUGAUUUGUAUUAA